AAAUGGGGUAAAAUGAAAUUUUGGGCGGUAAAAAUGAAACUUUUGUGAGUAAAAAGUAUAUAUUGAAGUGAAACUUCUUAACAAUCGUUGUGAUUUCAAACUCGAUGAAACGAAAUGAAACGAAACGAAAAAAUUUUUUUUUUUCAAAAUUAUCAUGGGGGCUUUAUUAUGAAAGACGCUAAAAAGAAGCGAUUUCGUUUUUUUUUGUUCUUCGCCAUGGGGUAAUAUCAACUUACACAAAAAUAUAUUGGGGUAAUAAUUAAAAAAGUUCCCCGACCGCUGUCAGGGCCGGUAACUACUGCACCAUCAAGUCGUCAUGAAUGAAAAUACUAAAACAUCUUAAAUUACAGCUAAACGAGUUUCGUUAUAAAGGUAGGUCUUUUUAAUUUUAACUUCGGAUUCAUGAGGUCAAAAUAAAAACGAGCGCUAGGUGGCGCGGCUGGCGCUAUCUUUCGAAGUCAGCCGCCCCAGACCACGCAUAGAAAACAAAACUUUCGUUUCGUUCAUGUUUAUAUUAAAGUUCACUCGGAUAGAACCUCUAUUGAGUUACCCGAAAGUGAGUUACAUACCCGUCGUUGAUGUUGACACUGUCUCUUCUCAUUUCGGAUCCUCCCACCACUAUCGGUCCUUUUAGAUUCCGUAAUGACAAGUCACCGUUCUCGUCGAACCCGUCACUUGCGACGAAAGGCUUGGCGAUCAAAUUAACCCUCAGACACAGCCCAUUGAGAUUCUCGCCGGAUCUUCUCAGUGGGUCGCGUUUCCGAUCCGGUGGUAGAUUCAGCGAUGCAUUGUUCUUGCUAGGGCUAGUGUUAGCAACUUCCUCAGGUUAGCAUAACCUGGCAUAACCCCCUAGGCUACCAGCUUAGGUAGGAAAAAAGUCCCUUUCUAGCUCAAAAACUCGAAAUAUCCUAUACUAGUACUUACUACUGCUGUAAACAGUUUCGCAGAAAUAUGAUUUUCAUAAUAAAGAGUGAAAAUAAAGUUUAUUUUGUAAACCCGAACGGGAAAGCCGCAAAGCUCCAUUUUCUCGAUUUUUUUUCAGAGUGCUAGCCCCACGUUUUCAAUAGGUACAUCAUACUUUCUUUGUAAAGUGUCAACUUUUGCGAAGGAGUAAAUACAGACAGAUCGCGACGCGAAUCGUGACCGACUGGAUUUGUGAUCAGACCGUCGUAAUACCUACGCUUCGUUUUAUUUUCUAAACGAUGACGUUGAAUACUUUAUUAUUAACAUUUCUUUCAGCAAUAUUUAUUGCAAAAUAUGAAUGCAAGAGUUAUUGUGUUGCUGAUAUUUGUAAUAACAGUAAACAACAUACGUUAUGCAAAUUCCAGUCCGAAACUCCGGCAGACCAUUGUAUACAAUUAGAAAUAACAAUUAAAAAUGCCGAAGACGUAAAAGCUAUUUUGGACAAAAUAAAUAGUCGGCGUAACAAAGUAGCCGCCGGGGAAAUAAGAUCCCUGCCACCUGCCUCCAAUAUGCUAAAAUUGGAAUGGAACGAUGAAUUGCAAAAAUCUGCUCAACGAUGGGCGAACCAGUGUGUAAAACAUAGAGCGCCCGAUAUCAAAGAUGUUUGUCGCGAUUUAGGGUCCGUUUCUGUGGGACAAAAUAUCGCAACCAUACACGGAGACGCCCCAGGAUUGACUCCGCUGUCCCUGGUCGACGUUUGGUACAUGGAACUACUGCACGUCAAUGUCUCGAUUUUAGGAAAAUUUACGCCUUCAUCUGAGACCGGCCAUUCGCAUUACAAUUACUUCACACAGUUAGUUUGGGCGGACUCCAGACAGGUUGGAUGCGGUGCUGUAACUUUCAAAGAACGCUACGAAGACUCCGGCGGACAAAAAAACAGGACCAUUUAUAGGUUGGUGUGCAAUUUCGCUCCCGGUGGAAAUUCAAAGGAUAAGCCUGUGUAUCUAAGCGGAAUGCCAUGCUCCCGCUGCCCAAAGGGACAGCUUUGCGAUCCUGACUAUAGAGCACUAUGUGGUUUAAAUCGAAAUCAAGCUUUGCACUUUAAUAAUGCCACGAGUUCUACAAAAAGAAUUAUAAGUGGUCCAAGUACAGCUCUAGGCAGAGACAUAGAUCAUAAUAAACCUGAAUAUACCAUGAAUUUCAAUCCGAAUAUAAGCGAAGACAACUACAAAAUAAAAUCUCAAAAACCUGUAACAUACAUACCGGAUAUAGAAGAUGAAUUUAAUAUACCAUUUAAUUACUUCUCUCAUUUACGAAAUUUCACAAGACAAGCAGUUAGUGAAAUAACUACAAAUUCUAAUACUUGCAAAGACUCGUUGGCCGUGGAUGAUUUUAUAGAGUUGUUGAAAAAAAAAUUAAGUGAAGACCCCAUGUUCAAAGAAAUACUAACAACAAGGUCGCCUUAUAAUGAUGGCUAUACUGAUCCGAGUGUGGUAGCAUUUGUGAGUAAGAUCUAUAGCAAGAAAAUGCUCACAACAACUUCUAAAUCAACUGAACAAGAUUUAGUUAAUUCUACUCUUCUAACAGAUUUGGUUAAAGCUGUUAUUUUCAGAGGUUCGAGUAAUUCUCACGUAACCGAAGAAGUUACAGAAAGCACGUAUAGUGUAAACGGUAUUAAUCCGAUAAGAAUACAAGCAGAGCUAUCAGAAAUUAAACCAAAUACAGAGUUUACAGGACAUUUCUUUUAUCCCGAAGAUGUUGACAAUGGAGAUGAAAUUGAGAACAGCACUGAACUCUAUUACGAUACAACUAAUUUAGCUGUAUCAGAUAUUGUGCAGGAAAUAGAAGAAAUAAGGAAGUCCACAACUGUCAAGGACUUUUUAGGAGAAAUCUUAGAUUCCGAUGAAGUCACUGAAGAUGCAAAUGCUUUUGGUGUCAUCAUGGCAAAUGAAACUCCAACUGAACAUAAAGUCUUGAAAAAGUUUAUUGACGUAACAAAUUGAUUUAAAAACUUGUACAAAAUGUAACCUAUCUUUUUUACGUUUCCAGUUUGUAAAUGUGUUUAUCUAUAUAAAAAUACAUUGAGUCAAAAUUUACAAUAAA